AUGCUUGUGGAGGUCGAUAGUGUUUCUAUUAGAAGGAAGAGCAAGCUUUUAUGGUUGCACACGCCCCCUGUCUUCUCAAUUGGAAUUCAGUCUUUGCAUGGUGCAUCUCGCACAGUCACUGUUAAAAAAAGAUACCACUGCCGCGUUGGCCUGGUCCUGGAGGUGGACGAGCCAUUGGCGAAUAUUUCCUUGGUUUUCUCGCACAAAGGCGAAAAAGUCCAGGUUGCUGUCCGCCCAGACACCAUCACGGUUGUCUUUGAGUUUGAAAAGUACACCGGAUCUGCAUUGAUCCGCAUUGACAAAAAAAGCUAUUUUUCGCUUUACGAAACAAACAGCCUCAUAGGCACGCACGACCUAGACGAGGUUCCAAACAUCGACAGCUUUUCGAAGAUGCACAGCAUACUAAGCAACAACCAUGUAAAACGAAUUCUCUACGACGGGGAACAGUACACAGUAAACCUGCAGACGUUUGAAACCCUGGACUAUCCGGCCAUACUCCUGGACCCCGUUGUGCUAGAGGCGCAUAGAUACACACUGUCCCUGUUCAGCGAAAACAGCGUGAAGAACACGAAGAAGGACGAAGACUUUUUAAAAAAGGUGCGGUGCUUGAGGAGCUCGCCCAAAAUGUUUAUUUCCAUAUUCUUCCAUGUGACCCUGGAGGUCUCUAGAAACUCGAUCGUCUACUCUCUGUACAAGCUGUACACAAAUCCAAACUACAAAAACGACAUGUACAAAAGAAUCUCCAUUAAGUUCAUUGGGGAGCUUGGGGAAGACCACGGCGCGCUCCGAAAAGAGUUUUUUGAGAUUGCAGGAGACGAGCUUGUGACAGACAGCAGGUUUUCGCUGGAAAACGGCCUGUUUGACUUCACAGGCACCCAGGAGCUGGAGGCGCCAGGCGCUCCGCAAAACCACGUUCUUGCCAUUCCAAACUCAGACUUCUACUCUUUUGUGGGGUUUUUCCUGGGGCACGUGAUAUUCCAGCGGCUGCAAAUUAGAGCCCGGUUCUCCAGGCCCCUGUACAUGGCUCUUCUCAAGAAAAAGUGCACGUACAAAGACGUUUCCAGCGAAUCAUUUAGAAACAGCAUAGAGUGGAUCCAAGAAAACAGCGUGGCUGGCCUGGACUUUGUAUUCAAGUCGGGGGCGUUGGUGACCGACAAAAACAAGGGCGAGUUUAUUGACGCUCUUGUGGAGGAGGAAACAUGCACAAAGCGGCCCGGAUACUCUUUUAUGGUGCGCGCUUUCCACAAGGUUAUUGCCAGCGACGUGCUUAGGUUCGACCCAGAGCAACUGGAAAGGCUGUUUUCCGGCCUGCCCACGAUUCCCAUCGAGUAUCUAAAGCAGAUCGCCCUGUACAAGGACUGCCACCCUUUGACGCCCGAGGUGGCCUACUUCUGGGAGAUCAUGGAGGCAGCAGACGAGGAUUUCAGGCGGAAGACGCUUAGGUUUAUCACAGGCUCGUCCACCAUUCAGUACGUGCCUGGGUCGCAGGUCGAUUGCAUUGUGAUCGAGCGAAUAAACCUGCCUGGGUUCAUCCCAACUGCACACACCUGCUUCCGACGGCUGGUUCUCUACGAGUACCACUCGCUCCAGGAGCUAAAGGAGAAGCUGCAGCUAGCUAUUUGCGAAAAUGGAGGCUUUGACUUUGUAUAG